AUGGAGGAGGCUCGUCUUUCCUGGAUCAGGCUUACGCAGGCGAACCACUUCUCCCGUGACUUAACCACGCUCCGUCAGGGCUGCUCGCGAUCGUUGUCUAACUGCCUUGUAAAACUUAAUCCUUUUUUAGACGCUCAAGGUCUCCUGCGCGUGGGCGGCAGGAUAAAACACGCCGUCCUUCCUUACGAUGAACGUCACCCGGUUGUCCUGCCGGGCGCCUCACACUUUACUCAGCUGAUAGUAGAGGCUUGCCACCGAAGGACAAUGCACGGAGGAGUCCAAAUGACGUUGAGCAUGAGUCGGCAGCGCUACUGGAUCCCGCGAGGCCGAGCCCUGGUGAAACGUCUGAUCCUCCGCUGCGUUACUUGCGCGCGUUGGCGGGCGGCAACUCCGCAGCAGCUAAUGGGCAGUCUUCCCCGCGAGAGAGUAAGCCCUGCCAGGCCCUUUCUGCACACCGGCGUCGACUACGCCGGGCCAAUUAUGCUGAGGACUUCAAAAGGUCGAGGACAACGAGCCUACAAGGCCUUUAUCUCGGUAUUUGUUUGCCUCGUCACGCGUGCUGUGCAUUUGGAGGUCGUGUCCGACUACACCGCGGUCGCCUUCCUGGCGGCGCUGCGCCGAUUCACGUCCCGUCGCGGACUAUGCAGCAGCCUCCACAGUGAUUGCGGGACGAACUUCGUAGGAGCCGACAAACAGUUGCGCGCCCUCUUCACAGCCAGCAACCCUGAAGGACGACAGAUUGCUGGCCAUCUAGCCAGCGACGGAAUCAAAUGGCGAUUCAACCCGCCAUCCGCUCCUCACUUUGGUGGCCUCUGGGAGGCCGCAGUAAAAUCGCUCAAGCACCACCUUCGGCGGGUGCUGGGCGAGACGACGCUGACUUACGAAGAGAUAAGCACUCUCCUCGCUGAAAUCGAAGCUUGUCUUAACUCUCGUCCAUUGCAGGCAUUUUCCGACGAUCCCGACGACUUGGCCGUGCUCACUCCGGGGCACUUCUUGGUGGGGUCCGCCCUGAUUGCCGUGCCUGAGCCUUCGCUGCUGGACGUGCCAGUGAACCGCCUCACCCGCUGGCAGCUGCUGCAGCAGAUGCGGGAUCACUUUUGGAAGCGUUGGUCCCAGGAGUACGUGCAUUCGCUGGUACACCGCCCCAAGUGGCAGAACAAAGAACCCGACGUCCAGCUCGGACGCCUCUGCCUCCUGCGGAACGAGACCACCCCGCCGACUAGGUGGCCGUUGGCUCGAGUGGUCAAGGUCCAUCCCGGAAAGGACGGCCGGGUGCGCGUGGUUACCGUCCGCUCCGCGACAGGCGAGCUUACGAGGCCGAUCGUCAAGCUCGUCCUCCUGCCUGCGAGCGACGGGGAUCCACCAGAGGAAGCAUAA